AUGCCGCGACGGCAGUUCCAGGCCGACCUCCAGAAGGCUGCGGAUGGCCUCUCCAUAGCUGGCAUCUCGCAUGUGCGACCCGGCGCCGACGAUGGCGAGUUUACUUUUACCUGCAUUGCAGAUGGCCAGCAGCUGAAUAUCUCGGCACUUGUCACAGAUGUCUCCGACUACCCAUCGAGCCACACAUGCAUGAUCUUCGCAGGUGACAACGCUUCCGCGGGUGUUGCUGCAGCUCUGAACGGCAUCACAGACGCAGUCACGGCCAAGACGAUCCCUCAGAUUCUCGAGCUAGUAUCCAGCAGACUUGAGUCGACAGACCGUGAUGGCGACCAACAAAUGGUCGACUCGCAAGAAUUUGACGGCUAUGAAGAUGAAGACGACGACGACGAUGAAGAUGAGUAUUUCCCCGGUGAUGAGGAUAUGCUGCCGAAACACCGCACUGCACAGAAUGCAUUCGUAUCAGAAGGGAGCUUCGCCGAGGCCACGCCUGCAUUCAAGCAACGCCUUCGGAACGACCUAUUAAUUGCAAAGAGCGAAGGAUUCAAGAUUGGACAUCUCGGCGGUCUUGCGGAUGGACUAGCGUGCUAUGUGUCCCUAUCUAUCCGCAUAUCCAAACUGGGCAUCUCAGAAGAAGCAAUGAAGGCGUGGCAGGUGGAGCCUUCGGAAUACCUCGUCGCGAUAUAUCACUACCCAUAUGGCUACAAGAGCAUGGAAGAUUUGAAGUCGUAUGAUGCCCACAAAGCGCGUCGUAGCCUUGGGGUUCGCAUUGGCAUAUGCACGACGUACAAGCCCACCAUGCAAGAGGCGAUUGCAGCAUUCACGGCUGUCAGCAAAGACGAUGAUGAGCGACGAGACGACUUCUCGCAUGGCGACUCUCAGAACGCCGCGCUUACCAAGUCCAACGGCUUCCGGAACUCAUUUGUCUCGAGGCCUCUGAAUGAGUUGUUUGAGCAGCGCUUUCACAUGCUUGUAAAGUACCGCUACGGGGGCAUGACAUGGCAAGGCGCCGAGUCAUUCUACAAUGAUCAGAUCUUGAAUUCGUCACAUGGGCACCAAGACGCUUCGCACGGCAAGUACUAUGAGGAUGAGCGCGUCAACAACGCCUGGCCCAAGAUUGUCACUGCCGACCACAUUACCUCUUCAGUCAACCAACCACAUUCCUUGCCUCUAGUGGGCAUGCAGUUCAUACUAAGGCACUUCGUGCGUUGUACCGAAUUUUGCUUGAUUUGUUUCAGCAAGAUGCCAGACGACCUGCAGGCGAUCAAACCCUAUGUUUGCGACAACCCCCUGUGCCUAUAUCAGUACAUGUCACUAGGCUUCGGUCCGAGCAUUGAGCACGAAAUUAUCUCCCAGCCAAAGGUUGUGGACUUGCUCGUCAGCUUUUGCUAUGCCAGUGCGCGCUGUGGGCGGCUCAAAGACUUUCCCACUGGCCUUAGUCUGGCUGUGCCCCAUCCGGUCGGGAGUCAAAAGGAGUAUUUGAGGUUUCAACCGCCUCCACACUACAGAGCAUCUCAAGAAAUUCAACAGCAGGCAUCUCGGAAAGAUACUCCGGAACCUACUGCGUUGAGUAUGCGGUACAAUGAGGCUACACUGGAGAUGCUUUUCGAAGAUUCCAAGCAAGUUUGUCCUGUAGCACAGGGCGCCUGGAUUAUCAUCCGUGUGGACAAUGACCCCAGAGUGCUGCACUCCCGCGUGGUAGACACUUCGCUUUACCCGUCAGUCAAGUUGUCCAGUCCUGUCGUCCCCAUCAUUAUUGAAGGCUCGAACGACCGUUAUGGAUCAUUUCCAUAUCCCAUGCCACCACCGGCUAAGGCUGCUCAACUAAAGAAGGCACUCCCUCCACUACCAGCACACAGGAAUCAGUUCCGAUCUGCAAGUUUCUACAUCUAUGAUCACAACUUUGACGAUCUUCAAGACCACGAGAAGCAGCCGGUCAUGGCUACAUUACUGGACCAACUUCCUUCCAUUCGGGAUAUGAGAAAGUUUCUUUUGCGUAACCCACAAUCUUCUCUGAGUUCUUGGGUCGACCGCCUCUCCCCUGCUGCUCUUGGGGUCCUACGUUGGGUCAUUGCCUCAAACCGGGCUUGUAUCCUACAGGUCGAUGACGAAGGAGAUGCGAGCAGCCGAAAGAGUGAAGAACAGCUUUAUGGAAUGGGAGGUUGGGCCCAAUUCCGCUUUGCCAUGGGUGCCCCCGACAAGGAGCGUAGAUUCAUUCAAGCAGUGCGGCAAACCCAGGAUCGACUAAAGCUCAAGUAUCCCACGCUUUUUGCCUGGCAUGGCAGUCCGCUGCAAAACUGGCAUAGUAUUAUUCGAGAGGGACUCCAUUUCAAGGAGACACAUCACGGACGAGCCUAUGGUCAUGGAGUCUACCAUGCGCCUGAUGUGAGUACCAGUUUGAGUUACGCUAGCGUGCAUACUGGCUUCAUUUGGCCAAUGAGCGAGUUGAAGGUCCAGCAGGCUUUGGCUCUCAAUGAGAUUGUAAACGCGCCACAGGAGUAUGUAAGCCAGAGUCCGCAUCUGGUUGUUGCCCAGCUUGAUUGGAUCCAGACUCGCUAUCUCUUUGUAAAGACACUGCCUGACCCAACCGUCACUACGUCACCGGCGCCCAUCGCGAAACCCCUAGAGUUUGUUGAGCAAGACCCAAGUCGCACUCCCCGUGGUGUUGAUGGGCCGCUCAUCGUCCCGAUGCACGCCAUUGCUGCAACACGUCGGCCCAGGGCGAAGAUUUUGGUAAGGCAGGCAGAAGAAGGCACUGGAGCUUGGCUAACCCGCGUGCAGAAGCACAAGCGUCAAAAGGCGUCUGGAAAGUCUCAGUACGACCCCAUAGAUAUCGAUGACGACGAUGUGGACAGUGUCGCGACGCUUGAAGAGGACCUUGUCAUUUUCAAUUCAGACGACGAUUCCAGGCCGCACCAUGGCGGGGGCCCUCUUCCUACACCAAGCUCAGUCAAUGGGGACAAGGGCAAGUCAAAGAUGUCAGCAAUUGCAUCAUUUUCCUCAAAGAUCUUUGGCAAGUCGCCGACGAAGCCUCUGACUGACUAUGUCCCUGGAACCCUCGAUUACUCAACACUUCCUAUUCUUGAGCUGCCAUCCUGGGCGACCACGUCUGCAACCAAGCGCUUAAUGAAGGAUUUCAAGGACAUCAUUCAGAUCCAAAACAAGGAGCCGCUUCAUGAGCUUGGCUGGCACAUUGACGAAGACAAAAUCGACAACAUCUACCAAUGGAUUGUCGAACUCCAUUCUUUCGAUCCCGCCUUGCCGCUUGCACAGGACAUGAAGAAGAAGAACAUCAAAAGCAUUGUUCUGGAGCUACGCUUUGGCAAAGAUCAUCCUAUGAGCCCGCCGUUUGUUCGCGUCAUUCGCCCUCGCUUCCUCGGCUUCAAUCAAGGCGGAGGGGGCCACGUCACUGCUGGUGGUGCCAUGUGCAUGCAGCUCCUGACUAACGACGGCUGGAGUGCUGUUUCCUCGAUCGAGUCCGUCCUCCUCCAGGUCCGCAUGGCCAUUUCCAGCACCGAUCCAAAGCCUGCUCGUUUGCAGUCAGGUGGUCCGUCGGACUAUGGCGUCGCUGAGGCAGUUGAGGCAUACAUCCGAGCCUGCAAUGUACAUGGGUGGACUAUUCCUCAAGGAUUCAAGGAGAUGGCCUAUGGUGGUUCAACGGGUAACACCCAUGACCGCUAG